AGCAAAAUGAUAUACACAACAAAAUUAAGUAACUACUCCAAUUCGAGAGGAAUACUUACUCCUACAAACAUCUCCCCCCAUACUUGCCGAGACUGAGAUGCCAACUCCUCAAGUGAAUUGCGUCAAAAUAGACAAAGCCUUCGCACCAUACCACCAAGCAAUCCAUAGGAUUCUCGAGCUUUUUUGAAUGAGCAUUUGGAGAGGCGAUGGAUGAUUACUAGGUAUCGAGUCAUGGCUAAUGGUCUGAGAUGUAAGCCUAGCACCCAACAAAAUGCCAGUUCGUCUCGAACCUCGUCAAACUGGUCUGCAUUUGAUCUGGCUAUCGUCUGAGUGAAGUCCGUGAAAACCAAGGCAUGAACUUUAACUGCUCGAAACCGUGGUGGCGGCUCUGUUUCUGGUUGGGAGUGGUCUCAGCAUUACCCUGUGGUCAUGGACAAGAUUGUGAUUUGGUCAUAGAUGGACCAGCCGCGGGAAAGCGGUGCACGUUUCCCUUUGAGUUUCAAGCCAUUCGAUACUUCGCCUGUACCACAGUGACUGAUCCGAAUAACAAACCAUGGUGCUCAACCAAAACGUUCCCAAAUGGCACUCAUAUUGGCGGCCAAGGCAAUUGGGGACAUUGCAAAGUGAACUGCCAACCAUUCUCUAAUCCCUCACAAGAUCAGGUCCACUUUGGCGAGCCCAGGGUAGAGGAGCAAAAAUUUCCACGACGAACCACUCGACCGUCAUUUCGGCGAACAACCAAGCCACCAAGAUUUAUAUCCACCCCCCGAAGACUCUUUCCAACAUCCAGGCCAACUAUCGUCACGACAACCACAACAAUCACACCAACUACAACUACAACAACGACGACGACGACGACACCUGUAACUACUUCCUUCAUUAUCAAAACUUUUUCGACGCAGAGAUCCGACUUUGUCAGAGCCUCGGAUUGGACCUCAGGAUUGUGGCUCCCCGAUCCAUCUUUGGGAGAAUGCGGAUAUGGCUUCAAUACGGAUUAUAUAACGGGUGGGAAGAUCGCCAAGGUGGGCGAGUUUCCUUUCAUGGCCUUAUUGGGUUUGCAACAACGGAACGGGAAAAUCAUUUACGGCUGCGGCGGAACCUUGAUCAAUCGACGCUAUGUUUUGACAGCGGCUCAUUGCCAGUCCAACAAGAUUCCAAUCCGGCAAGUCGUAUUGGGAGAAACAGAUACUUCUAAGGAUCGGGAUUGCUUUGAUUGUCCAUUGGUUCAAAGGUUUACCAUCCGCAGCUCUGAUGUACAAGUUCAUGAGGACUAUACUCCGGAGGGCGUGUUCGGUCAAGGCAAUGAUAUUGCCUUGAUCAGGCUACCCAGCUUAGCUAAGACAGUUUACGACAGUUUUGAUAUCAAAGUGGGUCCGGCGUGUCUUCCGUGGAAGCAGGAAGCUGUUGGAGAUCUACGGGUGAUUGGAUGGGGCCGAUACUCGAACAACCUCGGCAUCAUUCGGAAGAACUUGGAUCGAUUCAGCGUCAAUAGUAACAAUCUGCUUUAUGCUGAGCUCGAGAACAUCCCGUAUUCACGUUGCCGGAGCUUCAAGGAGUUCGAACGUGUUCAUCCAACAAGACACAUUUGUGCAGCUGGACGAAAUGGAGGAGAUUCUUGUAACGGGGAUUCUGGUGGUCCUUUGAUUGCUCACGAUAGAUCCAGAGACGUGAUGUACAUCAAAGGAAUUGUGUCCUAUGGGGCCAAUGCUUGUGGAAAAGGAACUCCGGGCGUGUAUUUAAAUGUGAGAGAAUAUUUACCAUGGAUUCUGAGUCGUCUCCGAGAUUAAGUUUCAAAGCUGAAAAAUAUAUUGCAUCAUUUAGCUAUUUAAUCUUACUGGCCUAGAAAUAUACCUUACACCUUAGCAAGUAACGAGUGAUGCACGAUAUUCAUUCGCUUUGAUCCAACCAAAAUUGAAACUUUCAUCGCUUAGAACAUAAUAAAGGAACAUAUAAUUGAAAAAUGGAGACU